UCCUGUCGGAUUUAUUUUCAAACCAGAUUAGCUGUGCAGCUCAUGGUGUAGCUUCUGUAGCUGAGAGAGCUGGAUACAAAUUUGACAAUAACAAUUCAUCUAUGCCACUAAAGGAUCAGUCAAACUCAACUGCCAUGAAACCAGCAGUGGAUGAGAUGUUCCCUGAAGGCGCCGGACCGUACGUGGAUCUGGAUGAGGCUGGGGGAAGCACAGGACUGCUGAUGGAUCUGGCUGCCAAUGAAAAGGCAGUUCAUGCAGACUUCUUCAAUGAUUUUGAAGAUCUGUUUGAUGACGAGGACAUCCAGUGAGAGAGACAUGUCAACAUGUCCUCGAGGGAAUGAUGGAUGAUAUUCACACAACUCCACACCACAUUUUUUUUUGUGGAAAGCAAACCAGCCAUUUACUGUCUAAUGACAUACAAUUUCCUUUCAUAGUUGUCCUAGUUUCAGGCUUUUUUAAAACAUCCUUAAAAAGUCGUCACCGGUUCCAGAUGUUGUGAAAUUCUUGAGAUCCCAAGGAUUCCUUCAUAUAUGGUAUGUUAAAAUUAUGAGCUUGUAUCGUGGUCGUGUCUUUGACUGCUUCUAAACUGGAUUGCAGGUUUCAGUGUGCUGGAGAACACCUGUUAGGAACGUAAUUAUACAUAUGAUGGGCAGAGGCUCUGUAUGCUGUCGCCCUUAAACAUGCUGCAGAUGGUAUAUGAUAAAUGAUGGCCUGCUAAAAUGGCUUAAAUUAUUUGUAUGGCAGUGUGUGAUAGUCACAUAUGCUCUGUGUUUGGUUUUAUACCAGUGUCUCCUGUUACGUCAUAAAUUUGUACAUAUGUGUAUAGUAGUCACGCAACUACACUUUAUAUUUUUGUGAUGAGUAUAUAUGUGACUGGUUCAAACUCAAUAAAUAGCACUUUGUAUAUAUGAAGCAUUAA